AUGUCUGCUCUACGGCCGGGGAGCUGUCUAGGGCGUCAGGUGUGGAUCCUCCUGGCCAUGACCCACCUCACCCUGGAUUUCUCCCUGUGUAGCCCCCUCAGUCAGGGCCUGGGGAUCAAGCUCAUCCCCAAACCUGUGCCUCGCCCCCGGCCCCACUCGGCGCCCCUCUGGGAUACUCCCAACAUUCUCCAUUGGAGGACUGUGAGCACUCUGGCGCACCGGCUCCUCAACCCCGUUCCACUGCCAGACAGCAGGGGAGGGCCAGUGCUAAAGGUCAGGGGUCAAAAGUACAGGAGACUGGCACACAAAGGACAGCCAUGUAAGGAGUGCCGAUGGAAAUACACAUCGACCGAGGCAUGGGAUUCGGCAGCAGCGGUAGGUCUCCCCAGGGGGAGCAAAACAGACGUGGUGAGGUUGUUACGGAGGGCUCGGAGACAGCUGAAAUGGGACGCCGACGACAAAUCUCAGGAUGGCAGGACCACGACGGUGGCCGGAUAUAUCGACUGGGGACCCACAGGGACGGAGGACAACUUUGACGAUGGUGAGGGGAAAACGGCGGCCAACUCCACGCUGUCCACCAAGGCCUUGACCACUACCGUGGCCACCACCACCACUACCACCACCACCAAGAGCCCCCAGAGGACGUUCGCGGUGGUGACCACCCCACACCCUAGGAGGCUGAGCACCACCAAGGCCAGCGUCAGUUUAGGGGAGACUGUCAAACCACCAAAGCCAUAUGGAGACACACCAGGUCUGGCAGUUCACCAGAUUAUUACAAUCACUGUGUCUCUCAUUAUGGUCAUCGCAGCCUUGAUAACUACGCUUGUCCUUAAAAACUGCUGUGUACAGUCGGGGAAUGGCCGUCACAGUAGCCAUCAGCGGAAGAUCCACCAGCAGGAGGAGAGCUGUCAGAACCUGACCGACUUCACCCCUGCCCGCGUGCCCAAUAAAGUGGACAUCUUCACCGCCUACAACGACAGCCUGCAGUGCUCGCACGAGUGUGUGCGCACCGCCGUGCCCGUCUACACAGACGAGAUGAUCCAGCAGACCCCUAUAUACAAGACCACCUAUAACGGAAAUAGACCUUCUCCCACUGAAAGGCAGCUGAUUCCUGUGGCCUUUGUGUCAGAGAAGUGGUUCGAGAUCUCCUGCUGA